CUGAUGUUCCGCGUGGGCGACCUGCGCGACUCGCACAUCGUGGAGGCCUCCAUCCGCGCCAAGCUCAUCCAGUCCAAGCAGACCCAGGAGGGCGAGUUCAUCCCGCUCGACCAGACCGACCUGAGCGUGGGAUUCGAGACCGGCGACGAUCGGCUCUUCCUGGUGUCGCCGCUCAUCAUCAGCCACGAGAUCGACGAGCGCAGCCCCUUCUGGGACGUGUCGCGGGGGCAGCUGGAGAGGGACGACUUCGAGAUCGUCGUCAUCCUCGAGGGCAUGGUGGAGGCCACAGGGAUGACGUGCCAGGCUCGCAGCUCCUACCUGGCGGACGAGGUGCUCUGGGGUCACCGUUUCACGCCGCUGCUCAGCCUGGAGGAGGGCUUCUACGAGGUGGACUACGGGGGCUUCCACCACACGGUGCCCGUGCCCACCCCGGCCUGCAGCGCCCGCCAGCUGGCAGCCGCCGCCGCCCGCCGCGAUGCCCACCUGUACUGGUCCAUCCCCAGCCGCCUGGACGAGGCUGCGGCCGCGGGGGCGAGGGGACCCCGAAAUGUCCCCCCGCGAGAGCAACGGGACCUUGGCCAGCCCCGAGUCGCGGUGAUGCCACCAAAAUCCAGGUGUAAAUAGGGAGAAUCACCCUCCCCUGUUGUGGUGGUGGUGGUGGUGGGUUUGGGGUGUCUCUGAGUUUUUUGGGCGUCCCUGGGUUUGUGGGGCAAGGGGGACCCCAAAAUCUCUCAGGAGAUAAAUGGGACCUUGGCCAACCCCAAGCUGAGGCGAUGCCACCGAAAUCUGGGUGUAAAUACUGAGAAUCCUCCCCAUGAUGGUGGUGGUGGUGGUGGUGGGUUUGAGGUGUCCCUGGGUUUGGGGAGACGAAGGGGACCCCGAAAUUUCUCAGGAGAGCAACGGGACCUUGGCCAGCCCCAAGCUGAGGUGAUACCACCAAAAUCUGGGUGUAAAUACUGAGAAUCCUCCCCGUUAUGAUGGUGGUGGUGGGUUUGGGGUGUCCCUGGGUUUGUGGGGGCAAAGGGGGAACCCAAAAUCCCCAUGAGAGCAAUGGGACCUUGGCCAGACCUGAGUUGAGGUGAUGCCACCAAAAUCCAGGUGUAAAUAGCAAAAAAUCCCCCCAAUUAUGAUGGUGGUGGUGGGUUUGGGGUGUGAGCGGGUUGAUCUGGGGUGUCCGUGGGUUUAUGGGGGCAAAGGGGGCCCCAAAAUCUCUCAGGAGACCAACGGGACCUCGACCAGCCCCGACUUGCAGUGAUGGUCCCAAAACACGAAUUUAUUUAUUAAAUAUCCCCCCAGUUCUGAUGGUGGUGGUGA